CGUUUACCUCUGGUACGGUAACUGACUGAACAAAUGGUCAAUGUCUGAGGACACCUAUGAAAAUUUUCAGCGGACAGUAUAUCACUUUCUCUCCAUGGUGCUGCAUAUCCUCUGCAGCUUGGUUGUCGGCUGUGUGGUAGCUUGUGUCCUCUUGUUUGUGACAACACGACAUGUUCUGCGCUGGAAGUCCAGGCGCAACCUCCCUCACCUGUAUACUGGUACAUCAGAUAACUGCCGGGUGCAGACUGUGGGGUUCUUCCACCCGUAUUGCAAUGCCGGGGGUGGAGGAGAGAGGGUGCUGUGGGUGGCCAUCAGAACCUUACAGAAAAGGUACCCCAGCGUGCGAUGUGUGGUGUACUCUGGAGACAAAGAUGUAACAGGCGAACAGAUUUUAAACAAGGCUCAGGAAAGGUUUAACAUCACUAUAGACAAUCCUGUGGAGUUUGUAUUUUUAGGCCUAAGAAAUUGGGUGGAGGCAUAUAAGUACCCCUUCUUCACACUGUUAGGUCAAAGUUUGGGCUCCAUGGUCCUAGCUAUAGAGGCCAUGUGGAAGUUUGUGCCUGAUCUCUACAUAGAUACCAUGGGGUAUGCCUUUACCCUGCCUUUGUUUCGGUACUUUGGUGGUUGCCGUGUGGCGUGUUAUGUCCAUUACCCCACUAUCAGCACAGAUAUGUUAGAAAAAGUCUCUCAGAGAACAGAAACUUACAACAACGCCUCCUUCAUUUCACGCAGCCCUGUUCUUAGCUCAGUGAAACUUGCAUACUACAGAGUGUUCGCUUACUUGUACCAACUUGCCGGGAAAUGCUCUGAGCUAGUAAUGGUGAAUUCAAGCUGGACAAAUGGCCAUAUAUUGUCUCUUUGGCAGGCAGGGGACAGAACUCACAUUGUUUACCCUCCCUGUGAUGUCAGAGAGUUUGUAAAAUUGCCCCUUCAUGUAGGGAUGGAGGGUAAAAAGUGUCACACUCUAGUCUCAGUGGCACAGUUUAGGCCAGAAAAAGACCACCCUUUGCAAAUACAAUCAUUCCACAAGUUCUUAAUGGGCGUACCAGAGAAUGAGCGACAGAAUUAUACACUGCAACUCGUUGGCAGCGUUCGGAACAUUGAGGAUUCAGAGAGAGUGGAUGGUCUAAGAAGUCUCUGUAAAGAAUUGAAUAUUAGCCACUAUGUGAAAUUUAAGAUUAAUGUGAGCUUUGAUGAACUGAAGAAACUCCUGUCAGAGGCCACCAUAGGUCUUCAUACAAUGUGGAAUGAACAUUUUGGUAUAGGCAUUGUGGAGAUAAUGGCUGCUGGGGCUGUUGUUUUAGCUCACAACUCUGGUGGACCAAAACUCGAUAUUGUUGUUGAUUAUGAGGGAUCAAAAACAGGCUUCCUGGCAGAUGAUGUGGAAUCUUAUGCAGCUGCCAUGGAAACCAUUUUCAAGUUGACUCCAACACAAAGAAUGGACAUCAUCAACAAUGCCCGGCAGUCAGUAACAAGAUUUUCAGAAGAACAAUUUGAACUUGGCUUUUUCUCAGCAUCUGAGGAAUUUUUUAAAUGAGAACACUGUUAUUUUACUAAAUGCAGUAACUUAUUUAUGCAAAUAGGAGGUAUCCUGAGCUGGAGCUUUAUGGUAAUUAAAUUACUCAAGGUCACGUUCCUUGUUGGUUACAAGACCUUUGCUGUUAGAUCACAUGGCUGAGGUGGAAGAGUUCUGCUUCCCUUCCUGGCACUCCUCAAAAGAGGGCAGGCAAAGUACUGGUAAAGCUGGUAUCCCACAUUGGCUGAGUAGGUUCCUCCAGCUUGAUCUCCUCAUGGCUACAACCUUAUUGUAAAGAGAGGCUUGUGGUUUUCCUCAGAUUUCACCCCGCCAUGAAAAUGGCUACCAAAACACCAAUGCAAGAAGAAAAUACUGCUGUUUCCUUCGGCCACAUCUUACAUUUUUCAAAAUAUGCAUCUGCCACUAAAAGCCAGUGCAUCAGUAUUGGGCUUGUUGAGUGAAAACCAACAUACACGAACGUAAAGUAAACCAAAGUGAAACUGUAAGGAACAGAUCAUGCUUGGCUUUUUUCUCUGGUCCAUUGAUCCAGACUUCUGGGAGUUCACAGACUGCUAUAUGGAGAGGCUUUAGAGAGUGGCAAACCAAAAAGGGACAAUGGAAAUCAUCUGUCAAAGCUCUCGAAACCGGUAUUAGUGGCUUCACUGUUUGUUAAUUUCUGUAAUUGGUUGUUCUUAUAAGAGUCGUUCUCGAGAAUAUUUCACUUACAUCAUGGGAGGAGGAAACAAGACUGACCCAAGCCCGAUACCUCAUUGA